AUGNGUAAUGGUGGAUGUUCUCCAGGUUGGAAAGGAGAUUCCUGUCAAAUUCCUGAUGAUUCUGAUUUUGAUUCUGCUGUGACUUCAAAAGUUACUUGUAAAACAGGAACAUUUGGAGAAAAUUGCAAACAAAAGUGUCAUUGUUUAGGUAAAGUUGAUUGUGAUUCUGUUGUUGGAACAUGUCCAGGAGAAUGUGAAGAUAAUUGGAAUGGAACCUCAUGUAAUGUAUGCAUUAGAGGAAAAUAUGGAGAAAAUUGUGAAAAUACAUGUCAUUGUCAAGGUGGAAAUGAAAAUUGUAAAACUGAUGGUAAAUGUAAACAAGGUUGUGAUGCUGGAUGGACAGGUUUUACAUGUCAACAAGAAUGUGCAGCUGGAAGAUUUGGUCCAAAUUGUGGAUUAUCAUGCCAUUGUUUGGAUGGACCUGAAGCUUGCAAUAAAAUCACAGGAAUAUGCACUGGAGAUUGUCAAGCAGGUUAUAUAGGAAAAGAUUGUCAAACAACAUGUCCUGUAAACUUGUAUGGUAUAAAUUGUCAGAAAACUUGUGAAUGUCUCAAUGGAGGUAAAUGCAACAGAAUUAAUGGUAACUGUACUUGUGGAGGUUAUUGGCGUGGACAGAAAUGUACAGACAGAAUUCCACAGAUUAUUGCUACUUCUGAUAAGGAAAUAAAUGCUGGGCAAUAUACAUCAAUAUCUUGUACUGCUGAUGCUAUUCCUUCACCUUCUUUUGAGAUAAUUUCAAGUGAUUUGAAUAGAUUAGAUACUACAAUAACAAAAUUUGGAAUAAAUCAGUAUCAAGCCAUUGCCAAUGUUACCGCUAACUCUUCAGGAAAUUAUACUUUUCAUUGCUCAAUUAAUAAUACUUAUGGUUUGGAUAUAAAAUCCUUUUUCUUGCUAGUGAUUGAUCCACCUGUACUAAAUGAAAGGCCAGAAAUAAUAAAUGUUACUUCAACCAGUAUAGAAAUAUCAUGGAAAUCAUGGGAAUAUGGAAUUGACAAAGGUGGAAAAAAAAUGGAUAGAAUCAAUUAUUUAGUAAUUUAUCGUGUUUCUGAAACAACGGUAUGGAAAACAAUCGACAAUUGGAUAUAUACAACAAGAGCUGUAAUACAAGGACUUUUACCUGAUACUGAGUAUCAAAUUGCUAUUAAAUGUAGAAGGCCUGGUAAAGGUGGAAUAGGUUCACCAAGUCCAAUUAUGUCAGCCAGGACAUUAUGUGGAAAUCCAUCACCUCUUGCUAUUCCUCUUGAUUUUAAUCCCCAACAUUUUACACCACAUACAAUUACUCUUUCUUGGAAGCCACCAAUAUACUCUGAAUUACAUUGUUCUUUGAUGGGAUAUAUAUUGUGUUAUUAUGAAGGCACAGAGGUGCAUAAUCUACAUUGUGUGAAUAUUUCUAAAUCUGAAGAGUCUUAUACCCUGGAAGGAUUACAACCAUUCACAGAAUAUGUUCUCCAUCUUUUUGCAGUUACACCUAAAGGAAAAGGACAACAGUUCGCUGUAUUGAAAUUUUCUACACCAGAAGCAGUUCCAGGACCAGUUGAAAAUCUGAAAUACAGUCAAAUAUUAAAGAAUCCUGAACUGAUAGUAAUUGAAUGGAAGACAAGUUCUGUAAUGAAUGGAAUACUUAAGGAUUAUUUAAUCAAAUAUGAAUUGAUGAAACAGGGUCUAUGUGAAAAUAUAUUAUCUUCAAAUGUACACAGAAAUAAAACUGUACCCAAAUCUCAACAUGACGUUAUAUUGAAAGAUUUAUUGCCUUUUUCUACAUAUAAAGUAAGUGUUCAAGCAAGCACUUCUGCUGGCUAUGGUGAAGAAAGAACCAUAAUUGUGAAAACUUUGGAAUCUGUACCAACUUCAAGUCCUGAAAAUGUGCAUGUUGUUUCAAAAGAUAAAAAUUCAUUAACAUUUGAAUGGGAUCCACUACCUUGUGAUACUGCUAAUGGGUUUAUUAAAAAUUAUGAAUUCAGUUUACAAAAUUGUUCUCAAAUUAAAAAAUCUAUUAGGGAAAAACGUAAUAUUGAUUUUGAAGUUUGGAUAAAUUCAUUAACUCAAGUGUCAGAUACUAAAGUAACUAUCCUUGGACUUCUUCCUUAUGAAGAAUAUGCAUUUGCAGUAAGAGCUGUUACAAAAGUAGGCAAUGGACCAUUUUCUAAAGAAAUUUAUGCUAGGACAACUGAAGAUGUUCCUUCAUCUCCUUCACCAAGAAUAGAUUGGGUUACAGAAGAUAAAUUUAUCAUAAAAUGGAAUGCUCCUUAUCCACCUAAUGGUGUCAUAGUGAAAUAUCGACUUCAUAUUUGGCCAACUGAUAAUGAAUUGGACACAAAAAGUUUUUCAGUGAACAACAAUGAAAAUGAAGGUGGCCAAUACACAUUUGAAAAUUUAGAACCAUUUACAAACUAUUCCAUACAGGUUCAGGCAGCUACUAAAAUUGGGUGGGGUAAUUGGAGUUCUGUUGUUUCAGUUAGAACAAAAGAAUAUGUUCCAGAUCCACCAUCAAAAAUUGACACAAUUCCACAUUCAAACAAUAGUGUAACAAUUUCUUGGUCACCUCCUUUAAAACCAAAUGGCAUUUUAAGUGGGUACAAGGUAUCUUGUCAACCAUCUUCUAUGGAACUUCGUGUACAGAAAAUGGAUCUAAUAGAACAGGUAGUAAAUAGUUCAACAUUACAAACAACUUUUGAAAAUUUACAGCCAAAUACAGAAUAUAAUAUAACAGUGAAAGCUUCUACAAGAAUUGGCUUUGGAGGACCUAUUAGAACCAGUUUCUGGACACCUACCUCAGGAUCUAUGUUGCCUUCAAUUGUGGAAAUUGUGGAUAACAGGACACUAAGUGAUUCUAUUAUAAUUAAAUUUUCAUCUGGACAUUCAAGAAUAAUAAAAUAUCAAAUAAUUGUGGAAGAUGGUAGAAAUAGGGAAGAAAUCAACCAACAACAUUUACUAGACCAUGACAGUGCUACACUUGCAAAAAUACCUUACUACAUUACUGCAGAAUUAGAUGCCAAAGAUCUACCAAAAGAGGAUUAUCACUAUUUUAUUGUAGGAGAUCAAAAGACAUAUGGAAAAUAUAAAAAUGUUCGUUUAUCUCCAGGAGUACUAUAUAAUAUUCGAAUUAGAACAAUUAGUGCAAAGAAGCAAUCAUCUAUCUCUGAAGCAAGACAGCACGUUAUUGUUAGCUAUCAAAGUGAUGACAAAUUUGAAAAAUCCAUAUUUGGAUUGCCUUUUUUACAUUUUAUCUUCAUAGUCCUUGGGAUGUUAGUUCUGCUCAUAAUUGUUAUUUUUAUUGUUGGAUUAAAAGUUCAUAAAUAUUGUCAAAAUAAAAAAAAGAAACAACAGUGUUUUACCAUUCAUGAUCCAGUUGUAUCGGAUGCUGUCACAUGGUCAGUGGCAUAUACAGUUUCUGAUUAUGAAGCAACUGAUUGUCCGGUUGUAAAUUGUGAAAAAACUCUUCCAUUGUAUAUUGCUAAAGGAUCUCUCUUAAAAACAAAAAAAACAAAAAAACAAAACUAUUCAGAAGAGCUUAAUGUUGAUGAUUUAGCUGAUUACAUUUAUAACAAAAAUAUUCAUCCAUCAAAGAAUUUUGCAGAAGAGUUUCAGAAACUACCACGAGGGCAAUGUUCACAAUGGUUGGUAGCCAAAAAACCUGAAAACAUCACAAAAAAUAGAUAUGGGAAUUUAUUACCUUAUGAUGAUAAUCGAGUAAUAUUGAAAAUUGUAUCAGAUGCCAAUUCAUCAGAUUAUAUCAAUGCCAGUUACAUUGAUGGAUACAAUCGAGUAAGAGAAUACAUAGCAACUCAAGGUCCAAAAGAAAAUACAAUUUCAGAUUUUUGGAGAAUGGUUUGGCAAGAGAAUUCUUCUGUUAUUGUGAUGGUUACAAGUUUAGUAGAGAAUGGAAAGAACAAAUGUGCCAAAUACUGGCCAGACGAUAGUAUUUGUCAUGACGAUCUUGAAAUUCUGUUAAGUCAUACAGAAUCUUGCAUGGAUUUCAUUGUUCGCACCAUACUUGUUCGUAAAACAAGUAUAGGAGAAACUAGAAGAGUUAAACAUUAUCAAUUUUUAGACUGGCCUGAUCACAAAGUGCCGUCGAGUGCAUCCUCGUUACUUAUCUUAAUAAGAAGAAUGAGAUCAGAAAAUCCAAAUUUAGAAAGUCCAAUAAUUGUACAUUGCAGUGCCGGAAUAGGACGAUCGGGUACCUUCAUCGUUCUUGAUGCAUUGCUACAACAGACCGAAAGAGAGAAACAAAUUAACAUAUUAAGUUUUGUGCACAAAAUGAGAACUCAGAGAAUUGACAUGGUUCAAAAUUUGGAGCAAUACAUAUUCAUACACGAAACAAUACUUGAAGCAGUGCAGUUUGGAAACACUGCAGUUAUGGCUGAUGAUCUUCCUCUUUACGUGAAAAAUAUUUGUUGUAUAAAGGCAGAUGAAAAAAUAUCAAAACUCGAAAGUCAGUUUCAGGUUUUAUCAAAAAUUAAGAAGAGAAUUGAAGUUAAUGAUUGUUCUGAAGCAUUGUCAGAAUUAAAUAUCUUUAAAAACAGAGAGUUAAUGAUUGUUCCAGAAAAUCAGAAAAGUGUAAAAUUAAAAUCAUUCAAUUCAACUGAAGAUGGAAAUAAUUACAUUAAUGCAAUUACUGUAGAUGGUUAUAAGCAUAAGGAUGCAUUUCUUGUAACACAAAUGCCUCUUCCUCACACUAUUAUAGAUUUCUGGAAGAUGAUAUACGAUUAUAAUUCACCUCUCAUUGUGAUGUUAAAUGACGGUAAAAGAACAGACGAUCCGUCCAUUGGACAAUACUGGCCAACUGAAGGUUUAGCAAGAUAUCAUUUUUACGAAGUUCAAGUCGUGACUUUUGAAGAUCACGGCACUGUUAUUGUGCGAACCAUUAAACUUAUCAAUACUAUGAAUUCCAGAGAAUCCCCUCAUAGAGUUGUUCAGUUGCAAUUUAAGGAAUGGCCACACGAUCAGAUUCUUCCGAGUUCUGCUUCCAUGCUGGCAUUACUAAACCAAGUUGACCGCUGGUAUCGUGGAACAACUGGUGGCCCAAUCACCAUUCACUGCCUGAAUGGAGCUGAAAGAUGUGGUCUAUUUUGCAUUACUAGUUAUAUCUGUGAUCAGUUGAAAACAGAACAUGCACUUGAUGUUUUUAAUACUGUAAAAAAGUUAAGAGCUAAUCGACCUGAAUUCAUUACUUCUCUGGAACAAUACAGAUUUUGCUAUCAGAUUGCACUAGAACUCAUAGAUUCAUAUUUGUUACACAGAUUAAAUUAAAAUUUUUACAUUUGAUGGAUUUUCAUACAAAUUUAUAGGAAAUUCUCAUGUGUUUUUAAUGAUUGAUAUGGCAUAAACAUCUUUUGUUGUAAUAAAUAAAUGUUAAAAAAUUUUCAAACAUUCCAGAUGGAUUUUAAGUCUUAGGUGCAAAACAUAAGUAUUAUCAUAAAUUUAGUAGUCUACAGGCUUAAUUGUAAUAAAUCGAGAGAGAAUAAAUGCAAUUACAAAUGUGGAAAGAGUAACAAUAACUGCAAAUAUGUAGAAUGUUUCUUCAUCAAAAACAUCUACAAAAGCAGGUAGACUAUCAUAAAUUUUGUUAAAGAGAUUCAACUCUGACUUAUAUGAAGUCUUCAUUUUCUUCUAGUGAAUGAAUAUUCGUCAAUCUUUUCUUGUGGAGUGUGUUUUUGAAGAAUUUUAUGGAAUUCUUGAACAACUUCAAGAGAUGUUAAAUUUCCUGUUUUAAAUAAAUAUUUAUGGCCAGAAUCUGCAAGAAAAAAA